GUUUUGUUGACGGUCGAUGGUUUAAAGUCCACUUGAAAUAGCAGUCGAAAGGUUUCCGCUCUAUAUAUAAAGAUGUUGACUACUCAUGUUUGUUCGUUUAUAAAAAAAGAGUUUCAUUUUUGGUGUAUGUGUGUGUGAUAUGUACAUUGGGGAAUUAUUUGUAUUAUGACUAGGGAGGAAAUCUCUUCAUUCAAUGCAACAAUCAUCUUUCACGCAAACCUUAUAUGCCGUCAAAUCUUCUCAUUAUUGAGGGGUGCAAAUACAACACACACAAGAUCUCCCGUAGACGAAAUAAACAGAUACAUUCGUGAAAUUUUCGGAUCCAUAUCGAUGCAGUUGUUGUUGGUGAAUGACUUGUGGAUGUUGGUUGCAGAUAUUGUCGUCAGUGAUGGCAGUUUAAAGAAUGUGAGCAAUACAAUUCCUGCAUACGUCUACGCUCUCAUAGUACUGUCAUGUGUGUUAUUGGCUGCCAUCCUAAAUGCUGUCUUGAUUUUUGUGGAGAAACUACGGAAUAGCUUUCCUGCCAAUCUAUUUGUCAUCUUAUUAGCAGUUAUUUUACUAUCUAUCAGUGCAACCAUAGUAUUAAAUGUUUUGUGCUGGUGGCAAGCUGUGAUUGUGUUGAGUGUGACCAUUGUAAUAUUUAUUGUAGCAAUGAUUGCGAGUUUUUUUUCAAAGAAUCUAACCAAUAGAGGAUGGAUAAUAUUCAUGUCGAUAUCGGGUGGAUUGCUUGUUAUCGGUGUGAUUGCUGCCAGUUUUGCCUACUUUCUUAAAGAACUUCUGAUUGUCACUUGUGCAUGUUGGAGCGUUGGAUUAGCUAUAGUAAUCUUUAUCACCAUGAUAUACUUGAGAUAUGAGCGUUUUGAACGAACUUUUUCUCUUGUAUCGUUGCUGGCAUAUAUAUUAUGGUUUGAGGAAACGGGAUUGUGCUUAUCAUUAAUUCAGGGUUUCAUGCCUAUAAAUUUUACACAGAAUGCAUCUUGUGAUAAGGAUUUGAAAAAUUAACCCAUCACUCUGUAUUAACUCUUAACCUCACUAUCAUUUGCGUAUGAUAAUCAAAAUAUUUGUGCUGAAAAAAUUAAAAAAUAUUAUUUGGUGUAACAUUACUGAACUACUUGACUGUAAUGCACCAUACUUUGAAUGGGCUGAGUAGUUUCAUUGAUUCUUGAGCAGUAGACAGAGUCAAAUUGUUUGAUGACUGCUUGCUUCCCCUGGAUGAAUUUCAUUCGAUCAUGAUUCUAUGAAUGUUAUUCUGAUGAAUAUCCUGAUUAAAGCACAAUUUUCGCCUAAAUCUGUUUUUUACAUGAUGAAAUGUAAUAAAAAUUGAAGAAAAUACAUUUUCAUAACCAGGUCAUAGUUAGCAGUUGUUGUAUAUAAG